CUUUGGUAGUGAUUCUCUAUAAAUACCCGGCCCAUCUGAUUCUCACCACAUCCAUACAUCGAUCGUGUUAUCAAUAUUAUAAGAUUGUGAAGGAAAACUAGAAAUGGCAUCAGAUCAGUGUGAAGGUAAGAGUUCAUGGCCUGAGCUCGUUGGAGUGAAAGGGAAGAUUGCUGAGGCGACGAUUGAGCGCGAGAAUCCUCUUGUUGAUGCUGUGAUCGUGCCAAAAGGAUCGGUUGUCACUCAAGACUUCCGGUGCGAUAGGGUUCGGGUUUGGGUUGAUGAGAAAGGCAUCGUUUAUCAGGUCCCCCAUAUCGGUUAGGACCCAGAUGAUCGAGCGUGCAUUCGAGAUCAGCCGGUCUAAGUAGUACUAUAUAUUUAGCAUGUAAUUGCAGUACUAUGAAUCAGUAGUACUGAAAUUGAAUAAUUAAUUAAGGUUUUCUAUUAUAUCCCACAGGGAUAUAUAAAUGCAGGAGUUACCUGUUGUAAACUCAAUACGAGCUUAUAUUUUCAUGCAAAUAAUGUAAGUAAGGUAUUUGAAGGUGAUCAAUAAGACAGGCUUUUAAUUAA